UUACCUCACUCGAACCCCCGUCACUGUCCUUUACAUUAUCCGCAACAUUACCCGCGGAGCUCUUCUCCCUCCGACUCCGACUCCAAUGGCGCAGGCCAUCUCCCUCCCGGCGCUCCCCACUCCCCACCAGCACCACCACCACUACGCCGCGCCUCCCAGCCAGAGACCCUCGCGUGGAGCCUACUCGCCGUCACUCCUCAGAGCCGAGUCCCCCAUCUCCGCCGCGCUACGAGCCGGGGACGACUCCUCGUUCCGCGACGCCCGGUUCCUGCUCUCCCUGCUGCGCCAAUGCGGCGACCUGCUCCACGGCGAGGCCGAGAAGUCUCCGGAAGCGGAGCGCACCGAUAUCGCGGCGGCCCGGAGGCUCGCGCCGCAGCUGCACUCACUGGCCGUGAGGGCGGGCCACGCGACGCGGGAGCCGCACGUGGCGUGCGCGCUCGCGGACCUGCUCGAGCGGCUGGGCCGUGGGGCGUCUGGCCGGAGGCUUCUGGCCGAGGGGGACGGCGAGGACUGGAAGGACGCGGUGCUGUGGAACAAGCAGGUGGCGAUGCUGGCGGAGGCGGGGGACUGGGACGGAGCGAUCGGCGCGUUCCGGGAGAUGCGGGCGCGCGGGGUGGCCGCCGACGGGUACGCGUGCGCGCGGGCGCUCCACGCGUGCGGCCGCGCCGGGAGACGGCGGGAGGGGCGGGCCGUGCACGCGCACGCGCUCCGGGCCGGCCUCGUCGACGCGCACCCGCUCGUGCCCGGGUUCCUCGCCGGCAUGUACGCCGAGGGCGCCGACGUGGCGGCGGCGACCACGGUGCUGCUGCGGACGACCGGCGCUGGCGUCGUCGCGUGGAACGCGGUGAUCGCGUGCUGCGUCCGGCUCGGGCUGGUGGACGACGCCUUGGAGCUCGCGGGGCGCAUGGCGAGGGACGCCGAGACGUCGGCGGUGGCUGAGCCUACGCUCGCCACCUGGAACACCGUGCUCUCCGGCUGCGCGCGCCACGGCCGCGACCGGGAGGCGCUCGCCGUCGUCGGGAGGAUGCUGGAGCAGGGCCUGUCGCCGGACGCCGCCACCGUGUCCAGCCUGCUCAAGUCGGUGGCCAACUCGGGGUUCCUCGGCCACGGCACGGAGGUCCACGGCUUCUUCCUCCGGCACGGCCUCGCGCCGGACGCGUACACGGGGACGGCGCUGGUGGACAUGUACGCCAAGUGCGGCCGCCUCGACCUCGCGCAGAGGGUGUUCGACGGAUUGGAGCACCGGAACCUGGCCACCUGGAACUCGCUCGUCGCGGGGCACGCGAACGCCGGGCAGUUCGACAGGGCGCUGGAGCUCGUGGAGACCAUGAAGCGGCACCGGCUCGACCCGAACGUGACCACCUGGAACGGGCUGAUCACCGGGUACGCCAUGAACGGGCUGAGCUCGCAAGCGAUGCUGCUGCUCCGGCAGAUCAAGGCCGCCGGCGUGGCGCCCAACGUGGUCUCCUGGACCUCACUGAUCUCCGGGAGCUGCCACAGCGGCGACUACCAGGGCUCAUUCACCUUCUUCUCCGAGAUGCAGCAGGACGGCGUCCAGCCGAGCCUGGUCACCAUGCUGGUCCUGCUCCGGGCCUGCGCCGGCCUCGCCCUCCUGAACAAGGGCAAGGAGCUGCACUGCUUCGCGCUGCGGCGAGCCUACGACGGCGAGGUCGUCGUCUCCACAGCGCUCGUCGACAUGUACGCGAAGGCCGGGAGCCUGACGAGCGCCAAGCGGGUGUUCGGCCGGGUCCAGGGCAAGAACCUGGUGUGCUGCAACGCGAUGCUCACCGGGCUGGCCGUGCACGGGCAGGCGCACGAGGCGGCGGCGCUGUUCCACGACAUGUGGCGGUCGGGGCUGAAGCCGGACGGCAUCACCUUCACGGCGCUGCUCACCGCCUGCCGAUCCAUGGGCCUGGUCACCGAAGCCUGGGAGUACUUCGACAACAUGGAGGCCAAGUACGGCGUGGCGCCGACGGCCGAGCACCACGCCUGCAUGGUCGACCUGCUGGCUCGCCGCGGGUACCUCGACGAGGCGAUGGCCUUCAUCGAGCGGUCGCCGGGCGAGCCCGGGGCGAGCUCGUGGGGCGCGCUCCUCACCGGCUGCGCCAUCCACGGCAACCUGGACCUCGCGGAGUCCGCGGCGAGGCACCUCUUCAGGCUGGAGCCGCACAACUCGGCCAACUACCUGGCGAUGAUGAGCCUGUACGAGCAGCACCGGAUGUUCGACGAGGCGGAGAGCCUCAAGUACGCCAUGAAGGCGAGAGGCGUGGACGCGAGGCCGGGGUGGAGCUGGACGCAGGCCGGGCGGAGCGUCCACGUCUUCGAGGUCGACGGCGGGUCGCCGCCGCACCCGGAGACGCCGGAGAUAUACGGCGAGAUGAGCCGGCUGGUGUCCCAGAUCAGGAUGGUGGGGUACGUGCCGGACACCGGCUGCAUCGCCUACGACGUCCCCGAGGAGGAGAAGGAGCGGCUGCUGCUCUGCCACACCGAGAAGCUCGCCGUCGUCUACGGGCUGAUCCGGUCGGACAAGAGCCGGGCGCCCGUUAGGGUGGUCAAGAACACCAGGAUGUGCAGGGACUGCCAUGAGGUGAUCAAGCACGUUUCGGCUCUGUGUGGGCGGCAGAUCAUUCUUCGUGAUGCUUCUCGGUUCCACCAUUUCGUCGACGGCAAGUGCUCCUGCGACGACUACUGGUGAUCGGAGACGGGCGACCAGAUGGACUCGCUCGCCGGUACUGGCGCGGAUUGGUGCAACGGUUGGGUUGUCUGCAGAGGGUGUGAUGGGUGUGGCAAUUUGGCCGCAGAGGUGCUCUCCAUGAUGACAGGAGCAGUCGGUUUCUGCUUGCAGGGUUCUGAAUUAUUAUCAGAUGAUUAUAGCUCAACUACGACGACCCUACAUUUCCUGCAGCUACAUUCUCGUGUUAAUUGACAUGAGAAUUGGGCAUUUCUGCAAACGAACAGGAUGCUGGCAUAUUGCCAUUUCUUA